UACAGUACAUUUCUUUGUAUACGUUUCAAUGCAUAUAAUGUUUUUGACAGCUAAAAUGUGUUUUAACAAUCAUUGGUUCGUCGAUUGCGUUGAAGUGAUAGUCAACAUAGCAUUGGCUUUUUUCUUUUCAGAUAGUCUAGAAGAAUACUAAGAAAUAAUUCAUUACAAAAAAAAAAAAUUUUAUAACGAAUUCAAAUAAAAACUCACAAUGGACCAAGCAAAACAAGUAGCUCAACAGCGUUUGGACCAAUAUAAAAAAAUUCUCGAUGAAUCUCUACAUGACGCAUCCAAACCAUGGACUCAAGCUUUAGAUGUUGUGGAAGCAAAGACCGGUGUUCCACGCGUUUAUUUAUUUCUUGGUGUUGCAGCAUUUUGUGCUUUUUAUUUGAUAUUUGGUUAUGGCGCUCAACUUCUAUGUAACAUUAUUGGUGUUGUAUAUCCUGCCUAUAUAUCAAUUCAUGCUAUUGAAUCCUCACCAAAAUUGGAUGAUACAAAGUGGCUAACAUAUUGGGUGUGCUAUGGACUUUUAUCGAUUAUUGAAUAUUUUUCAGUUGUAUUGACCCACAUCAUACCAUUCUAUUGGCUGCUUAAGUGCGUUUUCCUAAUCUGGUGCAUGCUUCCAAUCGAGAAAAAUGGUUCAUUUCUUAUUUAUACACACGUUGUUCGUCCAUUCUUCUUAAAACAUCACAAGGCUGCUGAUAAGGCAAUUGAUGACUUUCUUAAUAAAGCCAGGAAUUCCGCAGAAGCUGUAUUAAAGAAAGAAUAAACGUUACAAACACGUCUUCAGUUUCCUAUUUAAUUCGGUGUUUUAUACAAAAAUUUAAGAAGCUUCUUCAACCAUAAUACUUUUGAAAUCUCUCUACACUUUUAUUUUAUCACACCGCAUAAUUGAUUUUAGACACAUUGUUAUAUAAGGAUUUGGGAUCAUAUAUAUUUUUUUAUAUAAAUAACAAAAAUUUUAUGUACUGAAAUAUAUGAAAGUUUGUUUAAUAUGAUCGUUAAAUAAGUGAAUUGUGUUAAUUUUAGUAAUCAAUAAAACAAGAUAUGAAUAAUAA